AUGGUGAAUCCUAUGAUCGAAAAAGCCACAAAUGAGGCACGUGUUGGUCCCGAUUGGGCUAUGAACAUCAGCAUUUGUGAUUUAUGCAAUCAACACCCUGGGCAAGCGAAGGAUGUCGUUCUAGCAAUAAAGAAGCGUAUUAGAAGCAAGAACGUUACAGUUCAACUUCUUGCUCUAACGCUAUUGGAAUCCAUUGUAAUGAACUGCGGAGAUUUAGUCUACAAGAAUAUAGCAAAGAAAGAUUUGCUUUGUGAUAUGGUGAAAAUAGUGAAGAAAAAGCCCGAUUUUCAAGUAAAAGAGAAGAUUUUAGAUCUUAUCGAUACUUGGCAAGAAGCUUUUGGAGGGGUAAGGGCAAAGUAUCCACAGUACUAUGCAGCAUACAGCCAGUUAUUGCAUCUGGGAAUAACAUUUCCAAAGAGAGCCGAGAAACCACCGCCCAUAUUUACACCCCUGCAAACCCAACCACUGAUGCGUAAUCCGGAAAAUGGGAAUGAUGCAGAUGAACCCUCUAAAAAGGCUGAAUUUUCACCAUUGAGAAAGAAUGAUUCAAAUGAAUCCUCUAAAAAGUCUGAGCUUUCAACGUUGAGUGCGAAUGAUGCAUAUGAACCCUCUAAAAAGCCUGAGUUUUCAACAUUGAGCUUGACAGAAUUCCAAAGUCCACGCCGUAUCAUAGGCGAGCUUGCAGAAUUACUGAAUUCAGUAGAUUUACAAAGAAAAGAGGUAAAGUUUUCAGUCAGAUUUGUAGGUGGAUGUCUAUUUUAA